ACCGAGACUGUAGUUGUUGGCUGUUUGUUCUGGUCGGAGGAAGACAUCAAGGAUCCCCAGACACACACACACACACACACACACACACACACACAAAUAAUAAUAAUAAUGGAAAACGACAAUACGAGGAAGAUGAAGGAGAGAUUUGGCCUGAGGCGGGACAUCUUCAAGGAGUUCCUGGCGGAAUUUCUGGGGAUAUUUGUCCUGAUACUCUUUGGAUGUGGUUCAGUGGCCCAGACGGUGCUCAGCAAAGGGGCUCUCGGGGAGCCCUUGACCAUCCAUGUGGGUUUCACUCUGGGAGUCAUGAUGGCCGUCUUCAUUGCAGGGGGAGUGUCAGGAGCCCACGUGAACCCUGCAGUCUCUCUGGCCAUGGUGAUCCUGGGGAAGCUACCGCUGAAGAAGUUUCCUGUGUAUGUGGUUGCUCAAUUCCUGGGGGCUUUUGCUGGAUCCUGCGCCGUCUAUGGGUUGUAUUAUGAUGCUUUGAUGGAAUACACCAAUGGAGAAUUUUCUGUUACUGGUGCCAAUGCCACAGCCAACAUAUUUGCAUCUUAUCCUGCCAAACAUCUCUCAGUCCUCAAUGGGUUCGUUGAUCAGGUAUGUGCCACUGCUGCUCUCAUCCUUUGCAUCCUGGCCAUCACUGACAGGAAGAAUAUCGGUGCUCCGAAGGGCAUGGAACCUCUGUGCAUCGGCCUGAUCAUCAUGGCCAUCGGAGUGUCCAUGGGUCUGAACUGCGGCUAUCCAAUCAACCCAGCCCGUGACCUUGGGCCUCGGUUCUUCACGGCUGUGGCCGGCUGGGGCAUGGAUGUAUUCAGAGCUGGAGGUUGCUGGUGGUGGAUCCCUGUGGCAGGACCCAUGGUGGGGGGAGCAGUUGGAGCAGGGAUUUACUUUCUCUUCAUUGAGUUGCACCAGCCCGAGCCUGAAAAACAGGAGGAGAACAACAUCCAGGACAAAUAUGAAAUGAUUACUAUGAGUUAAAGUUUAGAGCAAGACUUUCAGAGCAAAGCAAAAAAUCUGCAGAUUUUCACUCUCAGAUGGCAAAAAUGUUCCUUUUUGGAGGAAGCAGUUUGAUACAUUUCUACAACACAUUUACAGUUUAUUGCUUGAUACAAAGCACGAUGCAUGUGACUACACAAGUAAUUUCUAAAAUAUGCAUGAAUUUAUUAUUUUUGUCUCCAUAGGAAGUCUGGUCCAUUUAUAAGUUUUAGGGUCUCUUUCAAGUAUCAAAAUAUUAAUCUUACUUAUGAAAUAUAUAUAAAUAUAUUUUUUGGUUUUUCCUUUGAUUCCAUGAUAUGAUAACCUUGUAUGGAAACUUUCCUCCGUAUCAUAACCAUACAGUGUUCUUUUUAUUCUCCUAUUUCCUAACUGGGAUCAUCUCCUCUUGUUAGAAAUAUUUGCCAAGCUUCUGUACAGCUUUUUUUUUAUACUACUUUAUACCUUACAAACAGGGGCAUUAAAAAUAUGUAGCGGCAGUAGAUUUCAUGUGGAAAUAAUUUGUGAUAUUUUAAGCCAUUGUCACAGUAAUGUGUGUUUUGUGGAGUGACCUCUUUGUUCUGUUUCACUUCAUGUUUUGCAUGUGUGUAGAAAAGUGUCAUUGAUUGCUUCAUCUUUCUGAUUGCAUUGUAGUUUUUUUUUUAUUAUACAUUUAUGUAGAGAAUCCAGCCUUAAAAGAUUAUACUAGUGUUGCUUACUUUUAACAGUUAUUUUCAUAAUUCUGUUACACAAACCUAUGUCAUAUUGCUGGAUUACAGAUGUAAUCAUGACAGAGACCCUUGAUAUCAAAGAGCCAUAACAUAAGACAUUUGAGUGUGUGCUUAGUCUAGUUAUGUGAGACGAUGCAAACACUGAUAGUAAUUGUUUACACCGAUAACUCCCCCAAAAAACUGUUCAGAGCUGAGAGGAACACAAAUGUUUGGGAUGGUUCAACAUUGAAAAUUAGAUAACAACAUGACAAGUAUCACAAGGAACAACAGGAGGCAAAUCUAUAAAUGUGAACUGGAUUUGUAAAAACACUGGCUUUUCCUUUAUUAAUUGUGUUUUUGUGAUUAUUAAUGCUCAUGUCCCGCGAGCAGAGAAAUGUGAAUUUACAAAGACAAUGUCAACAGCACUGUGACCCAGCAUGGGAUAACAUGACGUAACCGACAGGAUGCUGAUGUAAAUGUGGACAUCUUUUGUUGUUUAUACAAGCAUCAAUACAUGCAUUCAUUGUGAUAUUAUUGUGUCAUUUUACAGCAGCACACACAUUUAGCAACAUGACAAUCACAUCGAUUUAUUCAUCUUUAAUUUGCUUGGUUUACUUUAGUCAGGAAAAGCCAGGUAACAUUUGUGCAGUGUGUUCAUUAUACUUCAAACCCUGUAUGUGGCCUAAUUACAGUGUGUGUGUGUGUGUGUGUGUGUGUGUGUGUGUGUGUGUGUGUUUGAAAAGCAGUUUACGGUGUUUGUUUCACUGAAUCCGUUCAGACGUUCAGUGAAGUGGUUUGUAGGUCAGUACCUUCUCUCCCUGUCCUACACGAGUGGCAGCAAGUACUUUAACCCAUUUAUCUUUUCUUUUUUUUUAUAUUGCUUUAAAUUAGAUGCUUUUUUUCUAAAGUACUUUACUUUCGCAAGUAAAAUUUUUCUGGUUCAAUGUUUUUUUUUCUUUUAAACUAUUCAGUCUAUUAUAAUAUUGAAUAAAGUUAGUGGAAAUUAUUUUUUGUUCACACUUGUUUUUCAAUUUUCUAAAACUACAAAUCAUUGGAGGUUUUAACAAUGUACGACAGCACAAUGUUUUGUGUCAUAUAAAUCUCAAGAGGUAUCUGUUGUUUAAUUUAGAAUAUAUUAAAUGUCACAUGGUAAAAAAUCAGUUAUUACUAAUGAUUACAGUAACAGAAUUUUUCCUAUUAGAAAAUAUUUCCUAUUAGUUUAACAUGUACUUGUCCUAAGCCAGAAGGUUAAAAUCACUUUCUGUGAAAUUAAUGGAUUUUUUUGCGACUUGCUAAUAUGUUUGCAAGACAAUGUUCUAUUAAGUUCACAAAUUUUCUUAAUUUGAAACACAAAUUAAGAUGGGAUUGGCUCCAGCGACCCCCCGCGACCCUUAAAUGGAUAAAGCGGUAGACGAUGAAUGAAAAAUGAAUGAAAAUAUGGUGAGAAAAUAUUGUUUAUAAUAACAGGAAUUAAUUAGACCUUUUCACAGAAGGCAGUUUGAUAAGUCAUCGGAAAAGCACUGGUAUAAAUGAUCAAAUUCAUUAUUUACACAAGUAUUGUGCAUGUGUCACAUUGUCAUGGCUCACUGGGACACUUGAAUA